AUGUAUGUAGGGAGUGGCUCUGGUCAAAGCCUUAAGACUGGUGUUGGCGAGUUGCAGGGAAACACCAGAUUCUGGCAUGGAAAAGACUACUGCAACUUUGUCUACAAGGACUGGAUCCAGCUGGAGAAACCUUUUGAUGACUUUAUCGACAGGUACACCACUCCUAGAAUGCCUUGGCAUGAUAUUGCCUCAGUGGUGCAUGGGCGGGGAGCCCGGGAUGUGGCAAGACACUUCAUUCAGCGAUGGAACUUUACUAAGAUCAUGAAGCCAAAGUAUCGCUCUCUGUCUUAUCCAUUUCUCCUGCCGAAGUCUCAUUCUACUGCCAGUGAGCUCCAAUAUCAAGUUCCUGCAUGUGUGAACACUAAAGUGCAGGUGUUGCGGUCGGCAGCAGACUGGUCAGCAGGCAUCAAAUAUCACGAGGAGUCCAUCCAUAAUGCCUACAUUCAGGUCAUCGCCAAAAGCAAGCACUACAUCUACAUAGAGAACCAGUUUUUCAUCAGUUGUGCUGACAACAGGACCGUCUACAACAAGAUUGGAGACGCCAUCAUUGAAAGGAUCAUCAGGGCGCAUAAGGAAGGUAAGAAGUAUCGUGUGUACGUGGUCACGCCUCUGCUUCCUGGCUUUGAAGGAGACAUUACUACCGGGGGAGGGAACGCCAUCCAAGCUGUCAUGCACUUCAACUACAGAACAAUGAACCGAGGAGAAUAUUCCAUCAUCGCCCAGCUGAAAAAGGAGAUGGAUGAUCAGUGGAUGAAUUACAUCUCCUUUGCUGGUCUGCGGACUCACGCUGAGCUGGAAGGACGCUUAGUCACGGAGCUUAUUUACGUUCACAGCAAAAUGCUCAUCGCUGACGACAAUACAGUCAUCAUCGGUUCUGCUAACAUCAAUGACCGAAGCAUGCUAGGUAAACGUGACAGUGAGGUGGCUGUGAUUUUUGAAGACUCUGAGAAAGUUGCGUCGGUGAUGGAUGGACAGGAAUACGAAGCUGGACCUUUUGCACUUCAGCUACGUCUUGAAUGCUUCAGGACUAUCCUUGGAGGCCACACGGACACCAGCAUCGAUCUGUUGGACCCCAUCAGUGACCGGUUCUACAAGGAAGUGUGGAUGACUACAUCUGGACGCAAUGCUACUAUUUAUGAAAAGGUGUUCCGUUGCCUUCCCUGUUCUCUGGUGAGAAACAUGUCUGAGCUGGAGCAAUUCCAGUCAAAGCCUGGUUUGGCCCAGACCGAUGUGGCCCGCGCUCAGGAGGAACUGCGCAAGAUCAGAGGGUUCCUUGUCCAGUUUCCUCUAGACUUCCUGUCUGAGCAUAACCUGAUGCCCUCUGUUGGAACCAAGGAGGCCAUGGUCCCAACUGAGAUCUGGACUUAAAUGGCUUGAAUUCCCUAUGGUUUGAAAUAUAAUAAAAGCAGAGACAAGAGUCAAAUUUGCUACCUUCUAGUUUUAAAGACAGAGAGCCAGUGAUAAAUCUCUCAAAUUUCCCUAUACUGAAGAACACUACAAAGCAAAACGCUGUAAUUGGGGACUUCCUCACGGCAGCCUCCUACCAUAUUAUUAUCCACCUGAAAAGGGUCUUACUCUUCUAUCAACGUUAAUGUGGCCUGAACCACGAAGUGUACCCCCACAAAUGUUAUAUCAAAACAACCGGCUCUGCACUGUGAUGUGUGCUGUUGCUAUUACUGACGCUCCGAGUUACCAUGGCGACAUAAUUUGCAAACAAAGACGCCAUUUUUCUAAUUGAAAAAGCCUGACGGAUCUCUUCACAGCUUCUAACUGCCACAGUGAGGUCACAUGGCAGAGUCAAGAGGUCCCUGAACAAAACUCAGUAUGUCAUCGAACAAACUCUUCCUAACACCACAUCUUUUAAGAUACAUAUUAUAAAUCAAAACGUAUAAAUUUUUGUUGUCUU